UAUCAACAUUACCCACUGUUGUACCGCUGCAACAAGAAGGAGAACAACAAUGGCAACAAUAGCUGGUGUUAGUCUCUCAACCCCAAGAGUUUUGGCUAGGGCUGCAGACUCACCAAAGUCCCAGACCAUUCAAUCACCAUGGCUGAGCAACCCCUGGAAAAGGCCAAGCCGGUUUGGAGCUGGUCGCAUGUGUGUCAGGCCAGUGGCUGCAGCACCAGAUAGCAUAUCCGAGAAGGUGGUUGAGAGCAUCAAGAAUGCUGAGGAGAAGUGCUCAGACGAUCCAGCUAGCGGGGAGUGUGUAGCUGCCUGGGAUGAGGUAGAGGAGCUGAGCGCGGCUGCCAGCCAUGCCAGGGACAAGAAGAAGGAAUCCGACCCAUUGGAGACUUACUGUAAGGACAAUCCUGAGGACGAGGAGUGCCGCACCUAUGAAGACUGAUGGUCACCUUUCAUGAAGUAAAAUUUCUCCAUAUUUUCUCUCUGUGAUGUUCAACUACAGUAUGAUGAAACAAUGGUCUUGUUCUAUUUAGCAGCAUAUACCAUACCAUCUUGAAACGUAAAUUGGUUGAGUAUCAGCUUUGUUUUAACCAUUAGUUUAUAUAUGGGUAUUGGAAACUAUAGCCUUCUUCCUACAAAAGAAAGUGGUAUAAGGUUUUUUCA